GUCCAACCUGAUCCUUACACCACUGUGCUAUGAAGCCAUCUCCAUGGUGUCUCAGAAUAAAACCCUGAAAACCAUGGAAGUGUUGGCUCUUCAGAUCCUUUUGCCUUGCCAUGCUGUGGUUGGGACUGUGGGCAACAUCCUUCUGUUUGUCCAUAAUUUCUCUCCAAUCUUGACUGACUCUAGACUGAGGCCCAUACAGAUCAUUCUAAUCAACUUGGCUGUGGCCAAUACAUUCAUGCUCCUUCUGUUUGCAUAUUCGUUUGACCUGCUUGAUAUUGUUCCAAGGAAGCCUCCAACUGACCUCAAAUGUAAACUUGCAUACUUCUUUCACAUGGUGGCUCGAGGCACAAUCAUGUGUUCCACCUGUGUCCUCAGCACCUACCAGUUUGUCACUCUUGUUCCUGGUACCUGGGCUAGGGUCAUGAUCAGAGAAAUAUCCCCCAAGGUUGUGAGCUAUUGUUGUUACAGUUGCUGGUUGUUCAGUGUCUUAUAUAAUGUUCAUAUCCCAAUGAAUGUCAGUGGUCCAAAGAAAUCACUCAAUGACUCUGAUUCUAAAGGCAAUUUGAUAUGCUCCAUCUCUGGGGUCAGUGUAGAUAUGAAUUUCUUGCGAUUUUCCCAUGACAUCAUAUUCCUUGGCAUCAUGGCCUGGACCAGUGUCUCCAUGGUAAUUCACCUAAACAGACACCACCAGAGAGUGAAUCAUAUUCAUAAGCUCAAACAAAACAACAGAGGCCAUGCUGAGAUCAGAGCAGCCCACACCAUCCUAAUGCUGGUGGUCACAUUUGUGAGUUUAUAUAUUCUAAAUUGUAUUAGUAUUUUAUUUCACAUUUCUUUUGUGGAAUCUCGUCUCUGGUUAAGGUAUGUCACAAAACUUCUGGCUUUAAGCUUCCCCACCAUUUCUCCCUUACUAUUGAUAUUUAGGGAUCGUAAGGGUUAUUGUUCUCUGCUCAUCAUUGUGGGUCUGGAAAUCCACUUGACUGGGGGAGCCAUUACAGAGGGACAGUAA